GAAGCGGGGUCCUGGGACCCCUCUCACUUGCGGGGUGCUUAGGUGCCUGCAACUAGGAUGGUAACCCAGACCACGCAGAAGCGGACUAAGCAAAGAGGCAGGGUGCCAAGUCAAGCCUUGCCAGUCCAGCGGGAGAUCGGUGCCUCAAAGGCGCCCUCGGGCUCUGACCCCCUCCGGCCCUCCGCGCCGAGGGCCACCGAAUUCACUCUGGGUCUUUAAAAGGCGGGGUCUGCUCACAACCUGCCUGACUGCGUCAUUAUCGUGCGACUCGGGCCUUGGUCUCCACGUGGGUUCAGUGGAGUAACUCGGAGCGGGGAUCAUGGCGGGAGCCGAGACUGGGGACGCGGCAGGAGCCGAGGCCCCGCAGCCCCAGAAGCGUUACUAUCGGCAACGUGCUCACUCCAACCCCAUGGCAGACCACACGCUGCGGUACCCUGUGAAGCCAGAGGAUAUGGACUGGUCUGAGCUAUACCCAGAGUUCUUCGCUCCACUGACUCAAAAUAAGAGCCAUGAUGACCCAAAGGAUAAGAAUGAAGAGAGAGCUCCAGCCCAAGUAGAGUUUGCAGACAUAGGCUGUGGCUAUGGUGGCCUGUUAGUGGAACUAUCACCAUUGUUCCCAGACACACUGAUUCUGGGUCUGGAGAUCCGGGUCAAAGUCUCAGACUAUGUACAGGACCGGAUUCGGGCCCUACGAGCAGCUCCUGGAGGUGGCUUCCAGAACAUCGCCUGUCUCCGUAGCAAUGCCAUGAAACAUCUUCCUAACUUCUUCCGCAAGGGCCAGCUGACAAAGAUGUUCUUCCUCUUCCCUGACCCACAUUUCAAGCGGACGAAGCACAAGUGGCGAAUCAUCAGUCCCACACUGCUGGCAGAAUAUGCCUACGUGCUUAGAGUCGGGGGGCUGGUGUAUACCAUAACGGAUGUGCUGGAGCUACACGACUGGAUGUGCACCCAUUUUGAAAGGCACCCCCUGUUUGAGCGUGUGCCUCUGGAGGAACUGACUGAAGACCCCAUUGUGGGACACCUGGGCACCUCAACCGAAGAGGGAAAGAAAGUCUUACGCAAUGGAGGCAAGAAUUUCCCAGCCAUCUUCCGAAGAAUACAGGAUCCCACCCUCCAGGCAGUGACUCCUAAUCCCCCCUCUCUUGGCCACUGACUGCUUACCUUGCCUUAGCUUGACCCCUGGACCUUCCGAGCUGAGACUGCCAGGACCAAGAGGCGACAGUCUUUCAAAGAAGUUGGGAAACUGCCCAGGGCAGAAACCUGGGAUUCACAACUACCCCUGACCUCACCUUGUUGCCCCUCUACCACCAGCAGAAAGCAAAAGAAACUGACUAGGAAGGUCAAAAGACCUUGAACCAGAAGGGAUGUUUGGAAGGAUGUGGGGUCUUGCUCUCCCUUAGCACUUCCUUCUCCUUCUGGGAUCUCUCCUUCUCAGCUGGAGUGAUGAAUGGAAUUCUCCACUGUCCAUCUAAACUGCUUGCUAGACUCAGAUCGCCUGUCCACUUGUGUUACUUUGCAGUCCUGGGGAUAACAUGUAUACGUGUGUUGCUAUUUCUCAGGAAA